AUGGGCCCCCCAGGCAAUGCCGCCGACCCCCAACCUGUGAUCCCGCUCAAGAUCGAGUUCUCAGGCGGCCUAGAAAUUCUUUUCGCAGAUGAGCGACAUCAUUCGCUGUCACUCCCCGCCCUAGACAAGGAUGGCGGCCCGUCCAACAUCGGGUUCCUCAUCAACUACCUCUGCGAAAACCUGAUGAAGGACGAGAGAAAAGAGCUCUUUGUUCUCGACGACCACCUCCGACCGGGAAUCCUUGUCUUGAUUAACGACGCCGACUGGGAGCUGGAGGGCGAAGAGUCAUAUGAGUUGCAGCCUGGGGACAACAUUCUCUUCGUGUCAACCCUACAUGGGGGGCAACUCUGUUGUAUGGUCAAGAUGCAGUUGGAGUUUCAGCCGCGCAAGCAUAACACGGCAUUUGAGGCGUAUCAUCCAGCCAACCAUCUCACUCGUUUCAUCGGUUCUCGCUGCCUCGAGCAUUAG